AUGCAUCGCAUUUUAUGGAUCAUUUUGCUUAUUUCAGCCGUGGCGGCUGCAAAGCCAACAGUCUAUUUCAUCCGUCAUGGCGAAAAGCCCGAAAAUGGAGAUGAAGGACUCAGCACAGAGGGUCUCGCACGCGCACAGUGUCUAAGACAUAUAUUCGGCGAUCACUCUGAAUACGAUAUUGGAUAUAUCAUGGCACAACAGCCAAGGCAUAAUGGCAAGCGAAGUCGACCAUUUCAAACGGUCAAACCGGUCGCGAAGGACAUUGGCAUCAAGAUUGAUACUUCUUGCGACCGCGACGAUAUCAAAUGUGUUUUGCACAAAAUCAAGCAUUACCGCGGCAGUGGCAAUAUUCUGAUCUCUUGGGAGCAUCAUCAAAUGAGCCAUUUGGCUGAGAAGCUGGGAGAUCAUGAUGCACCAUAUUAUCCUGUCAAUCGAUUUGAUCUCAUUUGGACCAUGCCAGCCCCUUAUCACAAGGUGACGAAAAUCAAGAGUGAGAAAUGCCCUGGUUUGGACAUUUAUCGUGAAUUCUUAUAG